CGCGGACCUCCGCCACCCCCGCUCCGGCCGGCGGGCGGUGAUGGACACUCCCCCGCCCUCGGGCUCCGGCUCGGACUCUGAGGACUCCGUGGUCACGGACCGAGAGUUGCAGGAUGCAUUUUCCCGCGGACUUCUGAAGCCAGGCCUCAAUGUCAUGCUAGAGGGGCCGAAGAAGGCCGUGAACAACGUGAAUGGACUGAAGCAGUGUUUGGAUGAAUUCAAGCGGGAUCUAGAUUGGGUUGAAAGGCUGGAUGUGACCCUCGGACCGGUGCCCGAAAUCAGUGAACCUCAGCCAACUCCUCAGCAGAAUAAGGACCAGAAGAAAGCUGUGAACCCAGAAGACGACUUCCAAAGAGAAAUGAGUUUCUACCGCCAGGCCCAGGCUGCUGUACUGGCAGUAUUACCACGGCUCCAUCAGCUCCACAUCCCUACCAAGCGUCCCACCGAUUAUUUUGCAGAAAUGGCCAAGACUGAUCAGCACAUGCAAAAGAUUCGACAGAAGCUACAAGCUAAACAGGCUGCCAUGGAGAAGUCUGAAAAAGCUAAGCAACUGAGAGCACUUAGGAAAUAUGGAAAGAGGGUGCAAACACAGGUUCUUCAGAAGAGGCAGCAGGAGAAAUCACAUAUGAUGAAUGCCAUCAAGAAGUACCAAAAAGGCUUCUCUGAUAAACUGGAUUUUCUUGAGGGAGAUGAGAAACCUGUUGCACAGGCCACAAAGGCCACAAAGGCCACAAAGGCAGGAGCUAAAGGCCAGAACAUGAAGAAGGCAGGAGCUAAAGGCCAGAACAUGAAGAAGGGGGCCCCAGUGCUAAACGACGGUAUAAAAACCAAAAGUUUGGUUUGGUGGAAAGAAGAAAGGGUACCAAAUGGAAUACUCGAGAAAGCUACGAUGGAUGUAUCCAGCUUCCGGGCCAAGGUAGGCUCAUGGCAAGGGCCUCAAAAGGCCUGGGAGAGAAAGGAGCGAAUAAGAGACCUGGAAAACGAACAAGAGAGAAAAUGA